AUGCCAACGCGUAGCCUCCCCGUGCCGGUGCUGCUGCUUCUGCAGCUCGCGACGGCCGCCACCACGUCGUCGGCUGCGGCGGGCGUCGCCUUGGCCGGCUGCGAGAGCAAGUGCGGCGGCGUGGACGUGCCGUACCCGUUCGGCUCCAGCGACGGCUGCCACCGAGCGGGCUUCAAGGUCACCUGCGACCGCGCGCACCAGCCGCCGAGGCUCUUCCUCGGGGGCGGCGGCCCGGAGGUGUUGGAGGUGUCCCUCCGGAACAGCACGGUGCGCGUCCGCGGCGCGGUCUGGUCCUUCGCCGCCGGCACCACGAGGACCGCCAAGGUAGACGUGCUCCCGGCCAGCCUCCGCCGCCAGUACGCGCUCUCCGCCGCGCGGAACAGCCUCGUCCUCGUCGGCUGCGGCUUCCAGGCCGCCGCGCGGCGAGGGGACGCCGCCCUCCAGCACGGGCCGUGCGACGGGGUCGGCUGCUGCGAGGCGCCCAUCCCGGCUGGCCUCGCCGCGUCCUUCGACGUCCGGUUUUCCUGGCUGGAGCCGAACGCCACGGCUCGGCCGGCGUGGGUGGCCCCCGGCGCCAGCGUGCUCGUGGUGGAGCAGGAGUGGUGGCGCGACAGGGAGAACGUGGUGCCCGUCAAGCUGUCGCUUCUCAACUCCGGCAACGCGGCCGGCUUCGUGAUCCCGGCCGUCCUGGACUGGGCGCUGAACGAGUCGUCGUGCGCGGCGGCGGCGAAGAGGUCCGACUAUGGCUGCGUCAGCAAGAACAGCGGGUGCCUCAACUCUACGAGCAGCGCCUACGGCUAUGUGUGCCGGUGCAACGACGGCUACAAUGGCAACCCUUACGUGCCAGACGGUUGCCAAGGCUCUCGAAUGCAUAUAGCAGCUGGAGUAUUUCUUGCCAUGGGGAUUGGCAUUGGCAUGUUCGUUUUGCUUCUGGUUCUUGCUGCCAUCUUUGCAACAAAAAGGCUCAAGAUUCGUAAAGCCAUAAAAAUGAGGGAGAAAUUCUCCAAGCGAAACCGCAGGCUGUUGCUUCGGCAACUAGUAGAUAAGGACAUUGCCGAAAUGAUGAUCUAUAGCUUGGAAGAGCUUGAGAAAGCAACAGACAGGUUUGAUGAGACUCGCAUCCUGGGCGGUGGAGGGCACGGCACAGUCUACAAAGGCAUACUGUCAAAUCAGCGUGUUGUUGCCAUUAAAGUGUCAAGGCUUGUAAUUCAAAAGGAGAUCGACGAGUUCAUAAAUGAAGUUGCCAUCCUUUCCCAAAUAAACCACAGAAAUGUAGUGAAGCUUUUGGGUUGUUGCCUUGAGACAGAAGUUCCAUUGUUGGUCUCUGAGUUCAUUCCAAAUGGGACACUUCAUGCUCACCUUCAUGUUGACAACCCUCAAAAACCACUGCCAUGGAAAGAUCGGCUUCGCAUUGCCAUUGAAGUUGCUAGUUCUCUGGCCUAUCUUCACGCAUCUGCUUCGACGUCAGUUGUGCACAGGGACAUCAAAACAUCCAACAUACUACUUGAUGAUCGAUUGACAGCGAAAGUGUCAGACUUUGGUGCAUCGAGAGGCAUCGAACUCGAUCAAUCAGGAGUGACAACUGGCAUACAAGGAACAUUCGGCUAUAUGGAUCCCGAGUACUACUACACAAGGCGAUUGACUGACAAAAGUGAUGUCUACAGCUACGGUGUCAUGCUUGUUGAACUUCUAACAAGAAAGAUGCCAGUUAUGUACAUUUCGCCUGAAGGUGUCGGUCUUGUGGCUCACUUUGUCACGUCACUGAAUCAGGGUAAGCUCAAUGAGAUACUAGAUGAGCAGGUCAUAGAAGAAGGAGAAGAGGAGGGCAAACAAUUGGCAGAAAUAGCAGCAAUGUGCUUGACGAUGAAGGGAGAAGACAGGCCGACUAUGCGGAACGUGGAGAUGAGACUUCAACGACUGCAGGCUUCAGAGAUUAACAUUUCAGUGAUCGAAGAGGAUCAGGUGAAUGAACUGAACGCCCUAACACUUCAAGGAGGAAAUACCAAUGCCAGGGACGACGACUAUUGCAGUUGCAGUAGACCGUACAGCAUCGAGGAAGAGAUCUUAUUUUCUGCGAGCUUGGAGCGCUGA